UAAAGGUUUGUUGUGACAAUAACAUUAUUUCCAUACACAUAAUUGUUAAUUGAAGCAAUGGCAGGAGAGCUUAAGCCUCUGGCUGGCCUUCUUCUUCUCCUUAACUUCUGCAUGUACGCCAUCGUGGCGGCGAUUGGGGGUUGGGCGGUCGAUGUUGCCAUCGAUAAUGGUUUCAUCAUUGCAUCUGGGCUGGUUCUCCCUGCCCAAUUCUCGCCAAUUUUCUUCCCAAUGGGGAACGCAGCGACCGGCUUCUUUGUCAUAUUUGCGCUCAUUGCUUCUGUUGUUGGGGCCGCCGCCGCUCUUGCUGGCAUCAACCACCUUCGAGCUUGGAAUUCUGAUAGCUUGCCUGCGGCUGCCUCCUCUGCUGUCAUUGCCUGGACUCUUACUCUUCUUGCCAUGGGUCUGGCCUGCAAGGAAAUUGAUUUAGAGGGGAGAAAUACACGUCUGAGAACAAUGGAAGCUUUUAUGAUCAUACUUUCAGCAACCCAGCUCCUGUACAUUCUUGCAAUACACGGCGCAGCAACAAUAAGACCAAGGACCUGAGAACAUCGAGCGGUUGAGAUUAGUUCCUCCUUGUGUGGUGGUGUUUCUUCUCUGGCUUUGC